AUGGAGAAGCCGAACCGGAGAAUUCUGAAGUCGAAGUCUUCUUCUAACACAAUUAAAACUAAAAUUAUUAAAGAUAAAACGCUUAAUGAUAGCGCCCUCAAUGUUUUGCCGGAGACAAAGAAGAAAGGUAUUUACGUCGAGAAGAGAAACUUCGCGCAGAAGACACAAGUGACCAAAGGUUUGAAAACGUUGCCGAAUCAAAUCACACGGAGACGCGACAACAAACAAUUUCUAAAUUCAGUUUUGAAUAUCCUAUCUAAAGGCACAACAAGUACGCAGUUUCCGGAACCAGCCCCGGACAAAAGCGGCGAAGAAAUUAUCCCAAAAAAGACUAAAGUCGAAAGAGCGAAAGCGAUGAACAACGAAAAAAAGAGUAAAUUUAAAUCUAAAACCUUAAACAGGAAUCACGAUGAUAAUUUCAUUGUAUUGAAAUCAAUGAACAGUAGCAAAUUUAGUAGUCCGUCAUUAUAUUCUGAUCAGAGCCGGGACGUUUGUAAAAUCAGUUCGAAUAACGUGACGGCUAUAGCCAAGGAAGUUUUAGAAGGGAAAAAAACAAAGAGAGUUACCAUAGACGAACCGGCGACUCUGGUUUCGGAACACAAAGCGAACGACAAAAAUUUGUAUAAUUUCUUUGUAGACAUCUUAGAAACGACUUUCAGCGCUUGCGACAUGAAAGAAAGCCUUGAAACGAAUAAAUUAAAAUUGAGCGAGUCUAAUCUUGGCUUUGAGAUUGAGGAAUCCGUUGCCAAAAAACUCGUAGACAACAAUAAAGACGUUGCCACGAAAAUAAAUGAUUCUAAUAAAAAAAUUGUAAAACCUACUACAAAUUAUUAUGAUAAUAAUUUUGUACUUGAAGAUUAUUUACCGUAUAAAACAGUAUUUAAAAGUGACAACAGAAAACCUAAAGUACAUGAGAAGAAUCGAUUAAAAUCGACCCCUCAAAGUACCAGCAACUAUAGUCGAUUCAAUAAAUCGACUAAAAAACGCAUGAAAAGUGACUUCAUUGAUAUUCUCAAACGCGAAUUGACUAACAGCCCUCUAGGCAGCGUGGAACCGCAAAAUUUCUAUCAAUCGUUAAAGUUCAUUGCUAAAACUAAAAAAGCCAACGCGAAAUUGAAGUAUGCUGACGAGAUGCGCGACAAAAAUCCCGAAUGCGUGUUCAAGAGACGAAAGAUCAUCGCGAAAUCGAGGAAGAAUAGAAGAAAUAUUGUCGGUAGUACGAAAACGCUUAACGCAGUUCAAGUCGCUUGAUCAU